AGUGGCGUGACUUUCCAGGUUUGAUCUCCUCAUUUCCCUAUUUUUCACCUGGUUCGUUAGCUUUUACUCAUUUAUGUGUAUUUCUGCACGGAUCUCUCUCUGUGUGUGUGUGUGUUGCUGAAUGUCCCUGUCUGAGUCAGGACUAACCUCCAGUACCUCAAGUUUAAUUGCAUGUUGCAGGAUGAUUCAGACCCUGAAAAGUGUCAGACAUUUGGCCAUGGCAACGAUGAAACAAAGAGUGACUGAGUUCAGGAUGUCAGUGCCCUGGGGGGAGAUGAGAGGCCAAGCCUGGGGUCCUAAUCACGGGCGUCCUGUGCUCUGCCUGCACGGCUGGUCCGACAACAGCGGCUCCUUUAAGACUCUCAUCCCGUUGCUACCUGCUGAUUGGAGGUGUGUGGCUGUAGAUUUGCCUGGCCAUGGUUUCUCCUCUCACAGACCUGCAGGAGUUUUCUACACAUUUCCUGCAUAUAUCGCAGACAUACGGCGCGUCAUUGAAGCUCUACAGUGGAAACGCUUCUCCAUCAUUGGCCACAGUAUGGGUGGAAAUAUAGGUGGAAUGUUCUGUGCGUUGUAUCCAGACAUGGUGGAUGCAUUAGUGCUCAUGGACUCCUACGGAUAUCUUCCAGUAGAUGUGAAAAGAAUGAGCAGGAUCACGAAAAGAGGGAUUGAGGAAAUGAUAGAAUAUGAGAAAAAGUUGCCUGAGAGAAAAGAAAGGAUCUACACCUAUGAGAAGGCCAAAGAGAGGCUGAAGACAGCGAAUGAGUUUCUCUCAGACGAGUCAGUAGAGAUUCUUCUAGAGCGAGGAGUCCAGAAGGCGGAUGGAGGGGUGGUGUUCACCAGAGACAUCAGACUCAACCUGACGAACAUUUUUCGGAACUCGUUGGAGCAGUGUCUAGAGUUCCAGUCACAGAUAAACGCUAAAGUGCUAAUACUGCGGGCGAGCGAGGGUUUGCAGAAGACCUUACCCCAACCUGAGGAGAUAGCAGUUCCCUUACUAAAGGGCUGGUCAGAACGACAAAGCACCAUUGUGACAGUGGAAGGAGAUCAUCAUGUGCAUUUGAACAACCCUGAGCUUGUAGCACCUAUCAUCACUGACUUCCUGCUGUCCCAGACGUCUCAACACAAUGCCAAUGCAUCUGACUUUAAUCAGGCUCCUAAAUUAUAAAUCCCGCCUUCCAUGCAUGUACUUGUAUGGACUUUUUUUAUUUUCAGAGCUGCACAUACUACCCAUAGCUGGGUUUUAGUACAAGUAACUGAGAGAUGAGAGUGUUAGUCAAGGUGGAACAGGGAGGUGGUUAUAAGCUAAUGUAUAAGGGUAUAUUCAGUAAUUUUUGGUCUUUACUGAAGCUACGGUUUUGAAAGUCAAGCUUAUAAGUCAAGCUAUAUAGUUCUGAAAACUGAACUGAAAUAUGCUUACCUUCUGUACAUACAUCAACAACAAGUAAAGUUCCAGCAUUUGCAAACCUGAUUACCUCCAAAAGUGAAAAAACAGAAAACUGCAUUGAAAGAUUUUGUUGAAGAUUCCUUUGAACGUGGUGCAGAAGCAUCACAGACACUUUGACAGCUGAUUUUGAUAUCUGAUUACAAACUGAAAGGAUUAGGUUUAUGGCCAUUUCUCUAAAGCACAUAGCUAACCCUAACCCCUCUCUCUGUGUGUUAGUCCCAAUAACGAAAGUGUGUCUUUGGUGCUAACACUUAUAGAAAAGAAACAAAUCACAAAUCAAACCAUUUGCACAAUAAUGAAUCACAUAUCUCACUGAGUCAUUGGUUAUAUUUACAUAUCAGAUUGCUGAUCAUAUAUUGUCUUUCUUCAUGAACAAAACUAGCUUUAUGGUCAUUUUUAUUAAUUUAUAACUUGUUUUAUUCAUAGUCUUUGUUAUAAUCUGACUAUGAAAUAUUUUUGAUGUGUUAAAUAAAAAAGAAACCCUGCUA